AUGCAUGUUCUUUUGGAGCUCCGUAAACAAAGUCUUAAAAAUAUUUGUGAUGCCUUCAAAAAAGAACAUGAUGAAGAUAAUGUAAAUGACCAAGUACUUGAAGAAUUCAAUAAGAAAAGACAAAGGGACGAAGAAGAGUUAAACGACAUGUGUAUGGUUUUUCAAAGAGAACUGGCAACAUCUACAGGAAGAAGAAUUAAUCGACUCAGAAAGGAAACAAUCUGGUGGGGUAUCACGCACCCAAGUUUGAGUGACACUUCUCACAUAGAUGAUAUUAGAAGAGAAGUCAAAGAAAGUACGUUCAAGGAGUACUACCACAUUAUCUUGUCUACUUUCAAGACACUAAUGAACAUUCUUUUGGGAACUGAGCCGUACAGAAGAUGUGAUGAAAGUGAACUGGCUUGUUCUGUGUGGAAACAGGUGGCAGUUGUUCUCUGGAGAUUUUCUAACACUCACCUUGGAUAUAGAAUAGCGAAGGACAAGUUUGGGUGUAGCCAUGGAAGCUACAACAAUUUCACUGACCAGUUUAUUCUUGCCAUGAGCUCAAUUAUCAUAACAGGGUUCAGACAACCAACAAAAAAUGGCAAACAAAGAUUAAAAGAAGUAAUUGAUGCCAUGAAUGGAAAGCUAAUUUCCAUUGAAAAACCAACUACUGCUAACUCUGAUGACAGUUAUGCAGAUUGCAAAGAAAAUAUCAGCAUAAAUUUGACGACCGUUUGUGAUUAUAAAAAAACAUUUAUUCACAUUGCAACUAGUACACCUGGAUGUAGAUCCAAAAACCAAGAAACUGUUCCACUUACCCCAGAGCAGAAACUAUAUAAUGCAGUACAGUCCAGAACUCAACAAAAGAUUGAAAACACAUUCUCACUCUUGGUGCUAAGAAGGAAAUUUCUGUACAAGCACCUUUAUGUGAAGGAUGUUGAAAGUCUGACUCAAGCAAUCAUGGUAUGCUGUGUUUUACACAACUUGUAUAAUGAGGAUGGUGCUGUAUUUGGGCUGGGAGAAGAAGAUAAUACUAAUCCAGUUAUGUUUGAAAAAGUGCUUAAUACACUUUUAGCUCGACUGAAGACUGGUGGUGAACAACAACAACUGGCAGUAAUGAAUUCUCUUUAA